AGAUAAUUGGGCCUCCGCAAUUACCCGCUACCCAGGGGAGAGAGAGGCAGUCUCAGCUCAGCUCCCGCAUCGCUAACUCCCUACCCCCACCACAUCUCUACCUCUCUACCUCUCUUCACCGAUCAUCUCUAAUUAUACACACAAAUCUCUCGAGAGAGUCCGCUCUGUCUCUACGUAGUCACAACAACAGACCCGAGGAGGGAGAUAAUGUACUAGGAGAGUGGAGAAACAAAGACCGUGGGAGACAACCUUGAGAGCGGGAGGUAGUGGAACAGCCAUGUUCGCGAUAAUGCAAGUCGAGACCGAAGAGAGGAGGGAGUUCAGGAAGAGGAUGAGGGCCAAGUGCGAGUUCGUCUGCAAGUACUGCCAGAGGCGCUUCACCAAGCCCUACAACCUCAUGAUCCACGAGCGCUCCCACAAGGACGACGUCACCUUCACCUGCGAGGUCUGCGGCAAGACCUUCAAGCGCCAGGACAACCUCAAGCAGCACAGAUGUGGUUGGCGGUAGUGCAGAGGGAUCAGAGAGCCGGCCCAAAUCUAUCGCACACUGACAAUCCACAGCCCGAACUGCAGAACUGGAUACAUGUCUAGGUUAUAACAUAACUAUUCAACUAUUACACCUAAUUACACUAUUAUUUAUUAUUAAAAAAAACCUAGUAACCUUCAUUGUAAUAAUUGUAAUACUAAAAAAAAAAUGUAUAACUCUUGUACUAUUUACUACUAAGACUUCUCAAGACGUUUUCUUUAGUUAAAAUGAUCUUAGAGAUUUUACUAUUUAAAGUCAUCUAGUCUCACAGGACAUCUAAUGCAGAGACUUCUCUUCUAAGAAAUGCGACUCGUUUCCAUUUGUCGGAACUUUCGUCUUUUCAAAUGUGUAAAUAAUCCUAUCUUAUUUAUAUCGUGCUUUACUAGAUUACCAUUUUUGAAAUAAAAAAAAUAUAUAAAAUAAAAAAUCGUUAUUAAUUUUGUUUUCGGAACACCAUUUGUUCAUAUGUACUGAAAUUAUUUUUUUAUAUUUAAGAACAGCGAUUUUAUAGAAAUGUUGCAAUUAUAUAGAAAC